AUGAACCCGAUUCUCGUGGAGCCUCACAUUCAGGACCCAGACCAACGGAGGAAACCUCGCAACGAUGCUGCUACUGGAGCAUCUGCUGCAGGAGUCCGUGCUCUUAGUGCACAAAUGGUCGCUUUCUACUUUCGAGCUCCAGUCAAAGCUUUCUUUCGCACUCGUGUUGACUAUAUGGCCUUUGCAAGAGCUGUGAAUCCUCGGGUUGCAGAAGGAAAAUGGUCCCUCCAUACUACGACACCCGGCUUGCUACUUCAUGCUGUCCGCACUUAUGGCUGGAAAUUCAUUCCAAAUCAAGUAUUGCCGCCUUUGCUGGCAAAUGCGGGUGUUGGGGCUGUGCUGUAUACUUCCUACCUCCAAGUCUUGGGAGCUCUCCAUGAACCGGUGUCCCAGGGUGCGAAGCGCGUGUGGCCCCCUGCGCCUCCUUCCAUCACCUUCAUGGCUGGAUUCGCAGCUGGUACUAUUCAGUCAAUCGUAGCGGCGCCUUUAGAUGCACUGCAAGUUCGUCUCCAAACCAGCGAGAUGCUCAAGGGUCAUUAUCGGAGCAUGUGGCACUACGGCCAUCACAAACUGAAGCAGAUCGGUCUUCGCGGAGUCUUUGCUGGGUGGAGCUUGUCUUUCCUCCGAGACUCGUUUGGGUAUGCAGUAUUCUUCUCUUCCUUUGAAUACGUGAAGUCUCAGGCGUAUUAUUCUUUCAUUACUUGGUACUAUGGUUCACUCCGUGCAGACCACAUCCCCCUUCUUCCGGCCGAGUCUAGCGGUCGGGGGGUACCUUCGAUCAAACCGCAUUAUGCACUAGAACCGUGCUUCCUGAUGAUGGCUGGUGUGGUGGCCUCGGUUGCCCAACAGGCAAUUCAGCACCCUCUAAGCAGGCUGCAGGAUCUUCACUUGGGCCGACUCGAGUACCUCGAUCAUCAGGCCAGUCUAGAUCCGUCGCGUCGACAAAUGUUUCGACUAUACUACCAUGCCUAUCAAGAGACAUUCAAACGAUGUGAACGUAAGGCCAUGCGGGCCGGUGGAUGGCGGCCCUGGCUUUUUCGUGGGUUCGUGAGUAGCUCUCUUCGACAAGUGCCUAGCACUAGCGCGGGGCUUGUGAUAUUCGAGCUGGUGCGUCGACGAUACGCCAGCUUGGCGGAUGCUGUGCAUAUCCAAAAGGACGGAUACGAUAUCCUUUUGGCGGCCCUCCAAGCCCCUUCCACCGCCAUCAUUCUUUCGCCAACCUCCCCACGCGCCAUUCCCCUCCGAUCGCUCUCCCGCUCACCCUCGCAAACCAUCACCGCCUUCGAAUCCGCCAGUGAGAAAGGGAGUCGCCGGUCAUCACAUUCGUCAACUCUCUCCGGGCCCGACUUUUCUAUUUUGUCAGACACCGGUGAUCUUGCCGAACAGCUCGAGGAUCCGCUUCGAUCUCGCCUGUACCCGUCCUUUGAGAGCGGAAACCGUGAGGUUCCGAUAAAAGGACGGCGGGGGCUUCCCAAGCGGGUCCAUUAUCAGCAAGCUUCGGAGACGAGCGACCCUGGCCUCACUGGAGAGAAAAUUGAACCCCCUACUCCCCCACCGCGACAUAUUUCCCGAAUCGAGCGAGGAUUAGCCAGCAUCAUGUCUCCGAAUAACCGACAGAAAGCCCAGAUGCAUGGCUUGGUCGGCAAACCAUUGCUCUACUUCACCAGCGUAUUUGUAUCAUUAGGAGUCUUUCUCUUCGGAUAUGACCAAGGCGUAAUGUCGGGAAUUAUCACUGGAUUCUACUUUGGCGAGUACUUCAAUCAGCCUUCCCGAGCAACAAUUGGCACGGUCGUGGCGAUCUUAGAAGUUGGUGCAUUCGUCUCUUCUCUCAUGGUCGGCCGGAUUGGUGACCUUAUCGGUCGUCGCCGGACGAUCUUCUAUGGCUCAAUUGUGUUCUUCAUUGGGGGGUUACUCCAGGCUCUCGCGGCUAACAUGGUCAUGAUGAUGGUGGGUCGCGUGAUUGCAGGCCUCGGCGUCGGUGCUCUCUCAACCAUUGUCCCAGUCUACCAGUCGGAAAUUUCGCCCCCCCCACAAUCGUGGGAAACUGGCCUGUGGCUGUUGGACAACGAUCACGACGAAGAGGGCAUGGUAGUCAUUGCUAACCUGUAUGGCGAAGGCGAUAUUCACAAUGAGAAUGCGCGCCAGGAGUACCGAGAAAUCAAGAUGGGAGUUAUUCUUCAACGACAAGAGGGCGAACGAUCUUACUCUGACAUGUUCCGCCGCUACUACAAGCGAGUCCUCAUUGCGAUGUCAGCGCAGGCUUUAGCCCAGCUAAACGGCAUCAACGUCAUUUCGUACUAUGCGCCGCUUGUUUUUGAAUCAGCUGGCUGGAAAGGCCGAGACGCCAUUUUAAUGACGGGUAUCAACGGGAUUUCAUAUCUCCUCUCCUCCGUUCCUCCGUGUCUCAGCACAGCGGCUAAUUGGGCCUUUAACUGGCUUGUCGGCGAGGUUACCCCCGUGCUACAGAGUGCCAUCAAGUGGCGUCUAUACUUGGUACACGCCUUCUUUUGUGCUUGUAGUUUUGUCGUCGUGUACUUUCUAUAUCCCGAGACUAGUGGCGUCAGGUUGGAAGAUAUGAAUCUUCUAUUUGGUGAUGCAACAACCGCGAUGCCCACUCCAGCCACUGAGGGCGAACGUGGUUCUCUCAUGGGAGCUGGCUCGCCCGUUCCUUCCUUUGAUAUUCGUCGUCCGUAUGGUCCAGUGGGCGCGGAAAGUGCAAUCCCUGGACUUGACAUUGAUCCGCCUUUUCUCAGUCACAGCCAUGAUGGACCUAGCAAACCAGGCCUUUCAAGCUCUCACCAUGGCAGUGCUCGUGGGGAGGGCAUUGGAGGCUGGAUAUCUAAAAUGGUCAAGCGACAGCGCAGUCCAAGUGGUCAGAGGUAUAGGCGCCUAGAGCAGGGCGAUGAUGGCGAGGAAAUCUAG